AAUAAACUAUUAUGAAACGUGCCCACAAGCUUCUCGUCGUUGGAGGUGGCGCAGGUGGUCUCGAACUGGUUGCGCAUUUAGGUCUGGCGAAACACUCCAACGUCGAAAUGACCCUGUUGGACGGAAGACCGACGCAUAUUUGGAAACCACUACUCCACGAGGUCGCCACCGGAUCCUUCAACUCUGGACAGGACGAACUCAACUAUUUCUCCCACAGUGCUGAGAACAAUUACAAAUUUCUCCUCGGCUGGAUGGGUGGAUUAGACAGGAAAAAUAAAAUAGUAAAAGUCGACGCACUCAAAGUGGGAGGAAAAUUGCUCUGUGGACCUCGCGAUCUCCACUACGACACUCUCGUAAUGGCGAUUGGCUCUGUUCCAGAUACGUUUGGAACACCUGGUAUAAAAAGCAUUGUAUCUACAAUGAUUAAAAUGCAUGGGUAAAAAUUACGGUCUGAUUUCCAGGCGCGACAAAACAUUGUCUCUUUCUGAACAGUCCGCAUGACGCGGAUGAGUUGAGAUUAAAGAUGUUGAUUCAGGGUGAGAAUCCGCAAAUUGUAAUUUGCAAUUUCCAAACCGAGUAAUUUAGCUAAACUCCUGCUUAUGUACCUUAACUUCUGGUCUUGCAGGGCUCUCGAUAAUCUACGGAGCAAGCGAAGUGCCCAAACUCAGAAUUGGGAUCGUUGGGGCUGGUGCGACCGGAAUAGAACUCGCUGCAGAAAUUCAUCACACGAUUGAAUCAUUAGCAAUGACGGGAUUCAAGGUGGACAUAACUUUACCUAAAUUGCAUACUUAAUCAGUGUCAUAUAUACAUGUAUAGUUGGACAAUUUGGAAA